GUAAGAUUUGUACUUUCAGAGAAAAAUAAUAAUCUAUGUUUUUUUGGAGAGUGUUAUUACAUAAGAUAGAUAUUAAAAAUAAAUGUUCCUUUUGCCAUUCAAUGAGUUUAAGCCAUGACUAAUCUGUAACAUGCUGAUUCAAAGCUUUGUUUUCAGAAAUAGCUAAAUAAAUAAAUAAAUAAGGAAAAAAAAUCUGUUAUAAUAUACACUUUAAUGCAUAAAUAUUAAAGGCAUGGCUGUAUCAGAUGCACAAAAACGACAAUUUUGCUUUAAUAUAUUCUAUUAUUAUCAUUAUUAUUAUUAUUAUUAUUAUUAAUGAUGUUUUUGCUCCACAGUUGUGACACUAACAUGUUGCAUUUUAUUGCUCCUCCAACAGUAGCCUGAAGUGUGCUGAGAACCAUCGCUUUGUUAUACGCUGUUUCCUGUUUGUGUUUACAUUGUUUUCCUCGGUCGUGGAUGGACAGAACCCGGCAGGCUCUGCGCCUUUAAUGAGCCGUUUCCCCCCCGACUGUCUCUCGCACAGUGUUGCUCUCCGUCUCUUCCCCAUUUCGCUGCUUUGAUUUCAUUGUCGCUCUUUUGUAUCAUCAUGGCUGCUCAUUCUAGCGAAGAACCGUUCCCCUUCCACGGACUGCUCCCCAAGAAAGAGACCGGCGCCGCCUCGCAUCUGUCCAGGUUCCCCGAAUAUGACGGGCGAGGGGUUCUCAUCGCGAUCCUCGACACCGGAGUGGAUCCCGGCGCCCCCGGCAUGCAGGUCACAACUGAGGGGAAGCCAAAGAUUGUGGACAUCAUCGACACCACAGGCAGCGGUGACGUGAACAUGACUACGGUGGCAGAACCUAAAGAUGGAACGAUCACUGGUCUGUCUGGUAGGAUACUUAAGAUUCCUCCAGCCUGGGUCAAUCCAACAGGGAAGUUUCGCAUUGGAGUUAAAAAUGGCUAUGAGUUCUUCCCUAAGGCUCUUAAAGAAAGAAUACAGAAAGAACGAAAGGAGAAGAUGUGGGAUCCGGCACACAGAGCAGCACUUGCUGAGGUCUGUCGCAAGUUAGACGAGUUUGAUCUCUCCCAUCCGACUCCUUCUCAGAGUGAGAAGCUGCAGAAAGAAGAGCUGCAGAGUCAGUCAGAGCUUCUAGCAUCCCUGGAAAAGAAGUACAGCGAUCCUGGUCCUGUGUAUGACUGUGUGCUGUGGCACGAUGGAGUCACGUGGAAGGCUGUGGUGGACACAUCUGAGAGUGGAGAGCUGUCGCAGUGCACUGUGCUCAGCUCAUACAAAGAAAACCAAGAGUAUGCCUCAUUAGGAACCGUGGAGAUGCUAAAUUAUUCCAUCAACAUCUACGACGAAGGAAACACACUCUGCAUCGUCACCAGUGGAGGGGCUCAUGGGACACAUGUUGCAAGCAUUGCAGCAGGUUACUUCCCAGAGGAACCAGAGCGCAACGGUGUGGCCCCUGGUGCCCAGAUUCUGGCUCUGAAAAUUGGUGACACUCGCCUCAGCACCAUGGAAACGGGCACCGGACUCAUUCGCGCGAUGAUUGAAGUGAUCAACUACAAGUGUGACCUGGUGAAUUAUAGCUACGGGGAAGCCACACACUGGCCCAACUCAGGGAGGAUUUGUGAAGUGAUCACGGAGGCUGUGCAGAAGCACAAUGUGAUUUUUGUGUCCAGUGCGGGGAACAAUGGCCCCUGCCUUUCCACUGUUGGCUGUCCUGGAGGAACCACAAGCAGUGUCAUAGGAGUUGGAGCUUACGUGACCCCAGACAUGAUGGUGGCAGAGUAUUCCCUUCGAGAGAAGCUGCCUCCCAACCAGUACACCUGGUCGUCCCGGGGCCCCAGCACCGAUGGAGCCUUGGGGGUUAGCAUCAGCGCUCCCGGUGGCGCCAUCGCAUCUGUUCCAAACUGGACGCUUCGGGGGACUCAGCUGAUGAACGGCACGUCCAUGUCGUCCCCAAAUGCCUGUGGAGUCAUUGCACUAGUUCUCUCAGGACUGAAGCAGACCGGGAUCCGUCCAUGCGUUCCUGUUGUGAGGAGAGCGCUGGAAAACACGGCUCUUAAAGUUGAAGACAUUGAAGUGUUUGCACAGGGACAUGGAAUUAUCCAGGUGGAAAGAGCAUUAGACUACCUCACUCAGAAUGCCUCUUUACCCACGAGCCAGCUGGGUUUCUCCGUCAGCGUGGGAUCACAGAGAGGCAUUUACCUCAGGGAUCCAGCCCAGGUCCUUGCACCUUCAGAUCACAGCGUUGGAAUUGAACCCAUCUUUCCAGAAAACACAGAAAACUCUGAGCGAAUCUCCUUGCAGCUCCACUUGGCCCUCACAUGCACGGCACCGUGGGUUCAGUGUCCCUCUCAUCUUGAGCUGAUGAACCAGUGUCGUCACGUUAAUGUUCGCAUCGAUCCUCUGGGACUGAGAGAAGGAGUGCAUUACGCAGAGGUGUGUGGCUACGACACAGCAGCCCCCGGCUGUGGCCCACUGUUCCGAGUGCCAAUCACGGUUAUCAUUCCUGUCAAAGUGACAAACAGUCGUAACCAGGAGGUGAGUUUCACAGAUGUCCACUUCAGACCAGGACAGAUCAGACGGCACUUUAUCACUGUUCCUCAGGGAGCCUCCUGGGCCGAGAUCACACUGACCUCUCACUCAGGAGAUGUGUCAUCCAAGUUUGUUCUUCAUGCGGUGCACCUGGUCAAGCAGAAAGCCUACAGAGCAAAUGAAUUCUACAAGUUCUCCUCAUUGUUAGAGAGAGGAUCUCUAACUGAGGCUUUCCCUGUUUUGUCAGGUAGAGUUGUAGAGCUGUGCAUAGCUCGUUGGUGGGCUAGUCUGGGAGACGUCACCGUGGACUACAGCAUCUCGUUCCAUGGCCUCUGUGUUUUUCCUUCGCCGCUCCACAUCCACGCUUCAGAGGGAGUGACAAGUUUUGACGUGACCUCCCCUCUGCGAUAUGAGGAGGUUUCUCCCUCCAUCACCCUCAAAUCAUGGGUACAGCCUCUGAGGCCUUUAAGUUCAAAGAUAAAAGCCUUAGGAAUGCGAGAUGUUCUACCCAAUAACAGGCAACUCUAUGAGAUUGUCCUCACUUACAACUUUCACCAGCCUAAGAGCGGUGAAGUGACACCCAGCUGCCCGAUGCUGUGCGAGCUCCUGUACGAGUCUGAGUUUGACAGUCAGCUGUGGAUGCUCUUUGACCAAAACAAGAGGCUGCUCGGGUCAGGAGACGCCUACCCACAUCAGUACGCUCUGAAGCUUGAGAAAGGCGACUACAGCGUUCGCCUUCAGGUUCGCCACGAACAGUCCAACGAGCUGGAGCGCCUGAAAGACCUGCCGUUUGUGGUUUCUCAUCGUUUGUCCACAACCCUCAGUCUGGACAUCUACGAGACUCACCGAGCUGCCCUGAUGGGCAAGAAGAAGGCAAACUCCGUCACUUUGUGUCCUGGUGCCACACAGCCUUUUUACGUCACAGGGCUGCCAGAUGACAAGAUCCCCAAAGGAACAAGUCCAGGCUGCUACAUCUUGGGAUCUCUUAUUGUGCCUAAGAGCGAGUAUGGCAAAAAAGCUGGGCAGGCUUCCGCAAAACGACAAGGAAAAUUUAAAAAGGAUAUUAUUCCAGUCAUCUACCACUUGAUUCCUGCUCCAAACAAAACAAAGAAUGGUGGGAAGGAAAAGGAGAAGGACAAGGAGGGAGACAAAGAGAAGGAUGUGAAGGAGGAGUUUGCAGAGGCUAUGAGAGACUUGAAAAUUCAGUGGAUGACAAAGUUAGAAUCCAGCUCAGUCUACGAUGAACUGGUUGAACUUCAUCCAGAUUACCUUCCGCUGCAUGUGCAGAGGCUGCAUCAGCUGGACACUGAGAAGGAGCGUGUGAAGCGUCUCGUAGAGGUGGUGUCAGCAGCAGACGUGGUCAUCUCUCACAUCGACCAAACCGUCUUAGCCGUCUACCUCUCCAUGAAGACAGAUCCUCGGCCGGACGCCGCGUCCAUCAAGACAGACAUGGAGAAGCAGAAGUCGUCUCUGUUGGACGCGCUGUGCAGAAAAGGCUGCGCUCUGGCCGACCAGCUGCUGCUGCCCUCUGCCACGCAGGACGGCGCUGGCGCCAUCUCUGCAGAACAGGCUUCAGUACCAGAAGUCAUGGAGCAGGUGGCCAGCAGCUGUGAUGAUGUCCUGCAGAACGUGGCCAAGGCUCUUACUGACGUAUUCUGGGAGGUUCAAAAAUGGGCGGAGCUAACUGAUUCUAAGGUUUUGUCGUUUUCCUACAAACAUGCUCUUGUGAAUAAGAUGUAUGGGCGAGCCUUAAAAUAUGCUUCCAAGAUGGUGGAGGAGAAGCCCACCAAAGAGAACAUGAGAAACUGCAUCCAGCUCAUGCGUCAACUUGGAUGGGCCCACUGUGCUGCGUUCAGUGAGAACUGGCUUCCUGUCAUGUAUCCUGCAGACUACACGCCCUUCUAGGAGCAAACAUGAGCAUGCAUGGGCAGCAUGGCCGUAUUUAUUAUCUGGGUUCUGUUUUUUCUUUCGCAGCUGACUAUCCAGCUGUGAACAUUUGUCUUUUUUUUGGCACAUAAAGAAUUUCAUCAUGAGGUGAAGAGUAUGUUCAUCCUGCAGUCAAACUGGUCAAAGCUUCCCGACAGCUCACUGGCCCUGCCAGUGGUUCUAAUCAGCUGCAGGUCCUGUAGUGUUUUAUAUUCAUGCAUCAUCAAAUGCAGUUAUAAAAGAAACCCAACUAUGUUUGAUCCUUUCAAGUUGCUUCAAUGAAAAAUAAAACUGACCGUUGUGAGAAGACUUGCUGCUGCACCAUGUUCAUCCCCACAGACUAUCAUAGAAUAAAAAGGGACACGUUUGGACUUCAAUGUUUUAUCAUUUUCUCUGUUGCCCCAUCCAUAUGUGGAUGGUUCUUGUUGGAUUUUUAAACAGUGUGGAGGUGCCUUUCUUAAUGUACCUUACCUUUUUUUUUGUUAUUGUUGGGAGUAAAUCAGCAGAGGAUUUC